AUGCAGAACAAAUUAAUGACGAAGUGGAAGUUUUGGAAAAUUAUUUUGCUCAAUCUGCUAAAAUGUGUGCUAAUAUUCUACUCUGUGUAUUAUGUAGUCCUGUGCUUUUGUUUCACAGCAUUCAGACUGCAAAUGUUGGAUGGAUUUGCACCUUUUGAUUUUAAGACAAAACCUUCAUGGAUUAACCCACAUUAUAUAGUUCUUAUAACAUCAAUGGAAGUAGCCCAUUUCAUCUCUGGCCUGCUCUUUGCCUUGGUUGUAGAAGAAUGGGUUUGGGAUUAUGCCAUAACUGUUACAGUCAUUCACAUCACAGUAACGUCAGCAGUAAUGGCCGAAUUUCCACUGAUGUUGCACUGGUGGGCAGCCUUAGGUUCUGGCCUAAUUUCAAUGAUUUGCAGUGGUCAGUGUUUGGCCUUUCACCUGUUCAAAGACAAUUUUAUUUAUCCUGUUCUUGAUGAUUUCUGA